UGCCAGUGUUUGAAAAUGGCGACGGGUGGAAGGUUUGCUACAUCACAAACCGACGCUUCUGACGCGUUAUAUGAUUUUCCAUGUAGUCCUAGUGCCAAGGAUGGAAAGAAUGUGGAAGCAAUGUUUCAGUGUAUGGAUUGUCAGAUAUUUUAUUGUCACACAUGUGUGACAGGUCACAACAAGUUCACUGAAAACCAUAACGUAGUGGACAAGUCUUCGAAAUUAUUCGAUCAAGGUCAAGGUAAAAGGUACUUGAAGUCAUUUUCAUCAAGUGAGUUGCCGUCGAAUUUAUGCGAGGAGCAUCAGGGAGAAGUGAUCAAGUUGUUCUGUGGUCAACAUGAUGUAGUUUGUUGCACGGUCUGCGUUGCUGUGAAACAUAGAUCCUGUACAGACGUAGAAUAUAUCCCUAACAUUGCCAACAGACUUUUGGAGAAACAGGGGAAAGACAAAACGAAAUUAGCUCUCGAGAAAGUGAAAGAUGAUUUGCAGAACCUAAAGUCAAAAAAGCAGAGGGAAUUGGAGGAGCUGAAUGUGCAACGCGAUGGUAUAAUUGAUGACAUAGAGAAGUUUAAGAGGGACCUAAUAGCCCAAAUUGAAGAUUUGGAAACAAAUACAAUAAAGGAGGUACAGGACAAGUAUAAAGAGAUUGAAGGCGAAAUAAAUACCAGCAGCAAGAAAAUUAAUGGCAUAUUGAAAGAUGUGGAAGAGCACAUUGGCAGGCUUUAUCAAUUCGAAAGUAAUAAUGAAGCCCAGCUUUUUGUAGCCAUUAAGAUUGGAGAAAAGAAGAUUUCAGACGGAAAUGAUUGCGUCAGACAAGCUACUGCCAAAAAAUCGAAACGUUGGAAUUUGAGAUGAACAGAAACAUAAGGGGUUGUCUCAAAGAGGUGCAGUCUCUUGGUAAACUAUCACUCCAGAUUUCGGAGAAUAAUAUUGGUCCUAAACAAAGUUUAUCAUAUAGAGAAACUGAGGUUGAUGACCAAGUACCAGGUAGUAAGCAUAUGACACUUCAAAGAAAAAAAUGUUUCAGAAAAGGCCCGUCAAGCAUGCACACAAGCUGGAGCUAAGUAAACUGAACCUUAAAACAUAUUUUUGACAAUUAUAUUAUCAAAAGAUUCUGUUGAUUGCUUCAUAUCUGCGUUUGGGAAUAUUAUCACAGUUGUGGUAACAGAUAUUACAUUUGAAAUCUACCUACAAUAAUAUGUUUGACAAUUUCUCGUUUCAAUGACUUUCUUUGAGUCAAAGUAAGGCAGAUGUAGAGGAACAAAACUAUGGUUCGGUUGAGGGUGUUAGCGUCUUUUAAACAUUUUAGUCAUGAAACUAAUGGUGUCUACUUGUACCGGUGAACUUAAUGUUAUACUGUAUAGUACUGCUUAACUGGAAUUAUAUCAUUUCGUAGACAUGUGAUAUUAUACCCUAUCCUGUUACAUUAUAUUGACAGCUGGCUGACCGGUUGUAGAACUUUCCUGCUAAUGCUUAGCACUAAUCGAGGCACUUAUUACCACUAUUUUCCAUAUCUUUGUUUCAACAUUAUUUUGAUAUUGUUGAGGUAGGUAAAUUUCGUAACUCUUUAAUCAAAUUAGGAAUGUCGUCUCAAAGGCUACAUAUCGAAAUUGGACGUCGAACUUAACCAAAUGCUACACCUAUAGGUGAUAGAAAAUGUACUGUAUGCAAAGAUUCAGAGGAUGAGUUCCAUUUAGUAUUAGAAUGUCAAAUAUAUAAUUAAAUGACCUUAGAACUCAGUUAAUACCGAAUAUGUAUAAGUUACGUCCAAAUAUGACUACUGAAUAAAGAAAAUGUUGAAGUUCAGAAAAAUCUGGCAAAAUAUGUAUAUUUUACCUUUGAAACAGCUAAUAUUUUAAUUUUUACAGAUUUGUGCAAAACGUACAUGUUUAUAGUAUUAAUUUAUGUUUAAGUUAAGUGUGUAUUUUGUUGUUUCGUAUGUUCAUACAUUGUUAAGGGUAACUCCAAUAUUACAAACUAUGAUUAUCUCGAAUCUCACUCUUCUGACAUAUAUGUAAAAAGGCAAAUAAUUCGGGCAUUAUCAGCUUAAUAUAUAUUCUGAUUGUUUGUAAAUCGUUUUGUUAAGAUCAGUCAGUCUUUGGCUUGAACUAGUACAUUUUACUAGAAGCUUACAUUAAAUGGUACUGUCUUCGAAGAAAAAGUUGUUUGAGAUGACCUGUUCGACAAUUUAACAGUGCAACUUAGGAAUGUGGAUCAAUUAGAUAAGUAAAUUGUAUUUGCGUUUUUGUCCGUAACAUGGUUUGUAGUUGUACUGUUUAACGGAUAAAUUCCACAGUUUAUAUAAGACAGUUCAGCAUUAGACUGCUGUCUACUCUGCUGGUUUUGGUAUAUAUAGUUAUUUAUUCUUUUGCUCAAGUCAUUUGUAAUUUGUGUGCCAUUUAGUUUAAGUGGUAAAUAGCGAUCUGACUUCAAUCGUCGUUCAUGCUGAAAGGAGUUUGGGUGGGUCGAUGUAAAAAUAUUGCAUCUUUGGCGGUUUUUAUUGACCCACCUUUGCUUUCAAAUAAUUUGAAUUAGAUAGACACCAUUUAAAUUUGAAUAACAGCUUCUUUUGAGGUCUGAUGUUAAUGCACGUCAGUUUAAGAAAUUAAAAAUGACAGUUUCCGCACACAUUAUGUUACUCUGUUUUUCUGCAUCUAAAGCAAAUUGACAUACUCCUUGCAACCAUUGUAAGUAAUUGUAUGUUGAUUUUGUUUAGAAUAUGUUAAACAUCACAGUAAUGCCCUGUCCAACUGACUCAGCUGAACAGGUACUUUCCUCGAAGAAAAAGUUGUUUGGGUUGACCUGUUGGACAGUUUAACAAUUCAGUCUACUGUCAUGUGUCGUACUUACUAAACAUCCCUCUUAGUCGGGCCCUAUUUAUCACAGUGUGGGGAUUGUAUGGAACCGCUGCGUGAUCUGAUAAGUGACCUUAAUACGGCGCGUGAUAGGGCAGUAACGCGUGAUUGUGUCAGUUACCAUUUUAGAUGUGAUGAUUUAAAUAACAGCUUCUUUUGUUUUCUGAUAUAAAUGCAUCUCAUUUUAAGAAAUUAAAAAUGACAGUUUUCAUUCACAUUGUAUGUAAUAUAACAGGGUUUGGGAGAUUCUGUUUUCUUCAUAAAUCAUUUGUUAAUAUGUUACGGAGACAGAUGAUAAGCUCUAAUGCUUGAAUUAAAGAAAUAUUCUAUUCUGUUCUGUUCUAUAUAUUUACUACAAAGAUAUGUAGUUUUCUGUAUCAGCUGUCAAACCUGUCACAAAACAUGUAUCCUAAGUUUUAAACAGGUAUACUUAGUUGUUUAUAUCAUUUACUUAUGAAUUGUUGUAUUAAUACGCUAUGUUACAUGAGUUACUCCGUUUUACUGCAUCCAAAGCAAAUAAACAUACUCAUUGCAGCAAGUGUUAGUAAUCACUUAUUGUUAUUUGUUGAGAAUAUGUUAAACAUCACAGUUAUGAAUUGACUCAAUUAAAAAUUUACACGAUGCUGAAAAAUCUCAUCAAAACUAUGAUACUAGUCAUGGCAAUAUCAAACUUGUAUGUCCAUUCUCCAUUUAAAUUUGAUAGUAGUCAAAAUAUGCUAUGAAUGUUUGCCGUGU